UCGGUCGGGCCCACCACCACGUUCUUCAGCGGCGUUGCGCCGAUCUAUGCUCUUAUGCUACGCCCGGCAGGGCAGUACACCACACGCUUCUACGAAGCGAGCACCGUACCGUUCGCGCGCUGACGCGACAACCGGCUCAGCGGAGGUAGCCUACCACGAGGCGAGGCAUCCUGCUGCCGUUUAAUAUCGCUGCUUCCCAAGAGAGUCACCUUGGGAUACUACUGCGCGCGGCGUUCAGAGAACCAACUUCGUUUGGAGUGUCAUACGGUUCCGAUUCAAUCGAGUUGUACGUUGCUCGAGUACUGCUACUCAAUUUAUUCGUCGUUUGUGAGAUCAUUUGUGAUUGCUAACCAAUAGAAAGGCAGAGAGUGCUCGACCGAUACGUGCAGUUUACGUGAAAUAAGCACUUUGACAGUACUGGGUGAGGAUCUUGUGCGAGCUGAGAGAAGUGGCAGUGGAGAACUCCAAGGCGGGAAACCUGCGACACGUGACGCUCUAUCUGGUGGAAUCCACGAGUGGUUCUGCAAAAGGAGAUACGCGAGAGUGAGCUCCGAAAGGACGGACAGUGAAAGGGGGGAGAGAGAGAGAGAGAGAGAGACAGGGAGAGUGAAAGAGAGUGAAUGAGUGAACGUGCGUGACACACCGGGAGAGCUAUCUGAAAGAGAGGGUUAGGAGGGUGGGAGUGGAAGAGAGAAAGGAAUAGGAGGAGUAACAGGGAUAAAAAGUCAACAUCCAUAGAUUAUGAAUCGUCAUUUUUUUUUUGUGAAAUUCACUGAUACAGAUUCAGAGAAUGAGGUUUCAUGCGAGAAGAAUUAUAAGUGAAUAAUUCGUGACUCAAAGCUGUCGGCACACACGUGACUGUGAGCUUUCGCCUCUGAGCUUGCAGAUAAGACGUUCGUCUUGUGUUGUUUCUGCUUUUACGUCGAAGUCGUAACACGAAGGGAGACCUGGGUCGACAAGGCUCGAAGUCGCGACAAGGAUGCGCGUUCGUUCUCGAAGUGUGUCCCGCGGGUGAAUUCUUCCGUGAUUACAGUGAUUUCGUGGCAUUGCCCAUGAUUGACAGUAAUACUCGACACCGUGUGUCUUACCAAUGACGUACCUCCAUUCCUCCUUCUCAGUGAUUGGAGCCAGAGUAUCCUGGGAACUAUUAAUCCAAAGUGUUCAUAUACGUUUUUGAAUCUUGGCUCAUGUGUCUCUUCUGCAUUUCUCGAUUCACCAAGGCUUCCCCACUACUGGAUCAAUCGACGUCACUUCUCACUAAGGAAUAAUUCCAAUGCUGCGGAUUCCUAAAGAAUUCCCAGAGGGUCUCCUCCAGCAACCGGGACGUUUAGCUGCUUCCAGAGGAUCCUGAACGUCUUCCAAUAUCCUCUGGGAAAUAUCUGCCUUGCCUCUCCACGCAGGGAAUCUUUUCAAGAAAAAAAAAAAAACAAAUCAGGGAGUCCUUAUGCUCCAUGGAAGAAUAGGGAAGUCUUCCAUCGGGACGCAUACGAAAUCGCAUUCACGGAAUACAGUCGGGAAGACCAGAUCCUCGAGGAUCACCUUCGCCGAGUGUCCGCAUCUUCCAGAAUUGAUCUCAAGGCGAUAUCUUCGACCUCGGUGAUUUUCGUUUGGCGAAGAAGAGACAGAAUAUAAAUAGGAAGGGAAGGAUACGGGAAGGCGUGAUCGUGAAGAAGACGGAGGCUGUCGCCCAGCACGAAGUUGCAGCUGUCAUCGCUGCAUCGUCAACCGGCAGGAAGCCAGCAACUGAUUACGCUCGUUGACGAUGACGUAGCGGAAGAUUUGGAAGCAGCUAGGGGUGUGACCGUCUGCACCGUGUACGCGCUGGACAGAACUGCCUCAGGGCUGGGGGUGGUCGGUGGUGUCGGUGGUGGUCCGGGGGUGGUCGGAAUCUGCGGACCACCAACCACAUCGCUCACGCCGACGGAUUAUGUCACGGCAGCAUGUUAUCCACCUGGGUCGACGCUUACCUUGAGCGCUUCUCACCCCCAGCCCUCCGUCGUUGAAGCUGCGAUGACGCCGACCUCGGCGCCAGCACCGGCAUCCGCGACGGGACCGAACAACCCCGUUGCGAUGAGCCAGCUCGGUACCGUCUACGCUACCAAACGGCGCCGUCGCAAUGGAAAAAGCUUGAAACCACCGCAGAAGGACGGAGUAACCAAGUCAAAUCCCAGUAAGCGACAUCGGGAACGAUUAAAUGCCGAACUGGACACCCUUGCUUCGUUACUUCCUUUUGAGCAGAACAUCUUGAGCAAAUUGGACCGACUUAGCAUCCUGAGGCUUAGCGUCAGCUAUCUGAGAACCAAGAGCUACUUCCAGGUGGUAAUGCACAAGGAUAAGGAGGAGAAUUCACAUCACGACUCGCAUUAUCGGGCGAGAGAAUUGGCAGCACUGGCUGCCUACGAUCACCAUCAUCUCGACGGCGAAAUGUUCCUACAGGCACUGAACGGGUUCCUGCUAAUACUGACUUGCGACGGUGAGGUUUUCUUCGCCACCCACAGCAUAGAAAGCUACCUGGGUUUCCAUCAGUCUGACAUAGUCCAUCAGAGUGUAUACGAACUAGUACACAGCGAAGAUCGAGAAGAGCUUCAAAGACAAUUGAUGUGGAAUUCCUUUCUACCGGCCGAAAGUGCAAACCUUCCACUUCACGAUGUCCUUUCACCUCAGCACAGUCAUCUAGUCGAGCGCAGUUUCACAGUGCGUUUCCGGUGUCUACUCGACAACACUUCCGGCUUUCUGCGUUUGGAUAUCAGAGGACGAGUGAAAGUGCUUCAUGGGCAAAAUCGAAAAACAGAAGAACCACCUUUGGCACUUUUUGCCCUGUGCACGCCAUUCGGGCCACCGUCGUUGCUAGAAGUGCCACAGAAGGAAGUGAUGUUCAAGAGCAAACACAAACUUGAUCUUGCAUUGGUGUCCAUGGACCAGCGUGGAAAAAUGCUCUUGGGAUAUUCCGAUGCUGAAUUGGCUAAUCUGGGUGGCUACGACUUGGUCCAUUACGAUGAUCUGGCCUACGUUGCAAGCGCACAUCAAGAACUUCUAAAAACAGGAGCAUCCGGUAUGAUAGCUUACAGGUUUCAAACGAAGGACGGAGGUUGGCAAUGGUUGCAGACCAGUUCGAGACUCGUUUACAAGAACUCCAAACCAGAUUUCGUUAUCAGCACGCAUAGACCUCUAAUGGAAGAGGAAGGUCGGGAUCUUCUGGGCAAGCGCACUAUGGACUUCAAAGUGAGCUACUUGGACGCAGGCUUGACCAACAGCUACUUCUCAGACAGCGAGAGUUUGACAGGAUCAACAAUGACACCAACCCUCCCAGCACAGCCGACACCGCAAAGAGUGAACCGACGUUACAAGACCCAAUUACGUGACUUCCUCUCGACGUGUCGGAGCAAACGAACCAAGCUAACCAGUCAGUCGUCCGUGUCGCCACCAGCAACACCAACGGUGGCGUCAGUGGACUAUCUAACAGCGGAUACCAGUGCAGCUGCAGCGGUUGCAGCAGCGUACAGCAACCUCAACACCAUGUAUCCAACGCCAUACGCACCAACGGCAGUCGCAGCUACGACGGAUCCGUCAUUGACAACCUACAUAGGCCACACUGGCAAUUAUCAUCAGACUCUCUAUCCAGCAACCGCCUUGGACAACCGAUACCUCACCGCCACAGAGAAUCUCUUCCAGUACCGGCCGCUAGGGUCUUAUUAUCCAGAGUAUCAUACAACCACAGCCUACAACGGUUUCAUAGACGUCUCCUUGCCCACCUACGAUACUCAUCAGUUGAGCAGCAAAGCUGAAGAGAAGCUGUACUGCCAGCAGCUAGCGGAGUCGCCCAAGUACAGCUACGUCGAGACUAGACAUCCUGGUAGCGUAGGUUCUCCUUAUGCUGCCAGUCCAGUGGCAACGGCUCCGAUUCAUCCGACAGACAUCAACGUGGUCCGAGCCGGAAGCCGACACUCCCUGGAAGGAGCGUCUUCCAGCAAUUCCGCCGGAAGCUCUCCGGUGACUGCGGCCAAUGGUGUGCUCACCCCUAAAAUGGAAGACGUCAAGCCUGAAGUUUAUGGGAACGAAGCGCCGCGACAAACUGUCCUCAUGUGGGGUGCGCCGCCAUCGCGUUCACCACCAAGAAACAAUGGUAGCUACAGCCCACCCACGCCGCAUUCGACCCACUCGUCGCACUCGACGCACGGCCAAGUCUCGGCCGGAAGUGAUCCCCUGAAGUCGCUCGCGGAAAUGAACAGCCUCAACGGUGACUGCAAGUGGAAGCAAGUGUCUCCGAACUCGCAGGCUACUACGGCAGCGGGCAGUCCGCCGCGCACCAAGAAUCAACAGCAUCCGCAGUAUCCAACUGGUGCUGGUCAUUAUGCGACCUCUGGAUAUCCUCACUCUCAUCCUGGUCAUGCACACGGGGAUGCGGGCUCCGAGGUAUGGCAAGGAGUGCAACACCACCAUCACUACCAGUACUAUCCCUACCACCAUCACCCUGCACCACCAAGGCACACGCCCCAGUUGCAGCACGUCACCGUCAGCAUCGGGAAUUGCGGGGGAAACGGGGACGGGGUUGGGUCUAGGCAUGGGCAUGGGCAUGGGCAUGGGCAUGUCCAUGUCCAUGGGAACGGACAACAGCAGCACCAACAGCAGCGUCUUAUACCAUGCUCCGCAUCAUCACGCGGUGGGGUCGUCGGGAGCCACAAUGGGGUCGGCUGCACCGCAGAUUCCAAACCGGACGCCGGGAGUCCUUUGUUGUCCAUCUCUGAGGUGACUAACACCCUGCUCAACCAGUAGUCCCUUCGCUACCUCGGCACCGUUUAAUCUCGUCGAUCAAGGUGGCUCGAGCGUGGAUUCGUUGAUGAGCCCAAUCGCUGAGUGCACGAUUGUACCAUACAGAUAAUAUCGGUUAAACUAUAAGAAUAUCUCAGACAGUACUGUAACAUACUCACUAUGCCUUAUCCAAUUCGUAUUACGACAUACCUGUUAUAUUAAUUUAUCUUAUGUGGAAGCUAGGGAAUGCGAGAAGGUUAGCGAAAUUGAAAAUUUCGAUCUUUCUAUCGCUGCUUGGAUAUUACCUUAAUGAUGUGCAGGGUAGGUUUAGUAAGUUAAUCUUGCGUGCGUAUGAGAGAAUGAGUGAAAAAGAAACGAGAGUAUGAAAGAGAGAGAGAGAGAGAGGGAGUAUUAUAAAAAUAUUAAGUUCCAAGUAGUGAGAGCACAAAUUUCUUGUACCUAACUCCAAAUGAAAGCGCAACAUUCACACGUAUCCCGUUGACGCGUAUCUCGCACAUAUGCGACUUUCGCGUUGAUGGAAUUUCUAUAUAAUGUACGAAUCUUCUGUAUCAUAAAUAUUAUGCUUUGUAUAAUUUUCUAAAGGAGGAAUACGUAUUCUGUGAUAUGUGUUAGGUAAUUUAAAACACAAAAAUCGUCAGAGACGUACUUGGUUGUAAUAUUUAUUAAUGUGGAAGCAAUAAUAUCAUAUUGAUGUAAUGGGAUGGUGUUAAAGGAGCGAUAAACGCGCGAAAUACUGCAUACAUUUUUAAUACGACAUUUUUCUAGCUAUCAUGCAUUGGCGAGGCCUAGGUGAAAGGAAAUUUUUACCUGGUGGCCUAUUUUUUUAUCUCCACGAUAUCGAGCAAGCUCACUGUACACGAGGGGUACAUUGCGAGCAUGUUUAUUUGAAAUAAAAAUAUUUAAAUUGCGAGACUAUAAAAAUAGAGGGAAAACAGUACUUUUAGUCGCUGCGUUAAUUUUUUAGUUUAAAACGAGAGAUACAAAACGGAAAACUGAAUAAAAUCUCGACGUGUCUCAAACAGACGUAAUAUACUGAAAAUUAUAAUGAUUCGAAAAACAAAAUACAAAGAUGACAUUUCAAUCCGUGUUAGGGACACGCGAAAGUUCAAAAACGCAAUAUUAUCAUUUGGACAGUAAAACAUUUUUGGCGCGUUUUCCGCUCGGUGGGAACGGAAAGUUAAAAAUGAGAAAAAAGGAAAAAUCGUUAGCCUAUUAAUUCGGCUGAAACCCAGUCUUGCCAAUAUUUUGUUAAUAAGUUUGUAAUUUUUGUACUUAAUUAAUUUAUACACUAUUUAUGUAUACGUAAUUGGUGUUUAGCAAAGCUAGAUGAGCCUUCCAUAACUUUAGAUGAGAGUAUACUCGCUUGCAAAGCCAUUAUGAAUGUCCAGGCUUUUUUACCAAUUAUGAUAUUUUAUUAAGAGAUCGAUCGAGUCCUCUCAUUGCUCAUCGAUAAUUUUACGAGCCAAUACUCUCUACCUUUUCAUCCGGUUUGGCCAGUUAGUUUACAUGAAUCCUUCGAUGGCCACUGUUAGCCGUAAAAUACCGUUGUAUUCAAUGUUAACCAUUUGUCAAAAGGUCUAUGCAUACCAUAUGCAAAAAAUGUAACAGGAUGUAAGGAAAAUAAACUUAUAGAAAAUUUAAUAAAGAGAAAAUAAUAAUAAGCAUUUUCCAGGCAAAGUGUAAUAUUAGGCCUUGCAAGCGAGGAUAAUAGAUUUAUGUUUGUGUCUCUUGCUGUUAUAUCUCCUUUUACAUAAUUUCGUUUCCUUGCAAUGUUGCAUUAAGAAACUACUAUUGAUUAUAAGUAAUCAAGUCUAGUCCAUGUAUGAUGCGAAUUAGUAGUACUAUGCUUGGGCGGUGAUGACAUUCUCACGUUUAAACCGUAAAACAUUUCCGUAAGAAAUGACUAAUAGAUACGAGUGAUGAUGUAAUAAGUGAUUGGUAUAAAGGUCAUUAAUAUUAGUAAGAUGUUGAUGAUGAAGGACAAUUGAAAUUUACAAGACAAUUUUCGAGGUAAAAAACGUGAGAAUAUUCUCGUAGCCAAGCGUAAAUGUAUAUUCACUGUAUAUUUACGAUAAGACAUUCUAUAAUAAAUAAUUAGUUUUAGCGUCGGUAAUUAUUGUUUUUUAAAGCAAUCCAUAGAUCAAAGUAUGUAAAUUGUUUUCUAUCUAUUGCAAAUCUGAUGCAAAUGUUGCAAUUGAAGAAUGGCCUUAUAUUACCAAUGCAACUCACCCCAGAAAGUUGAAUUAGAUGUCUCCACGUUUCGA